AUGGCUUCCUCAACUGAGGCGCAAAUAGCAAAUCUAUUAAAUAUUGCUUCUGAUCCCGGUUCAGAUGCCAAAAAAGUACUAGAAUCGCUAAUAGCGUUUGAGCAACUAGUUGAGGGUCGAGACGAUCUCUUUGAGCCUCAAACUGCUGCCGCGUUGAACUUUGUGGAAGCAGCAAACGAACAGAUUCGUGAGUGGGCUGUUAGUUUUUUGGAAUGCUAUAAAAGACUCGCAGAAGGACAACAAGCCUGGAGUACUGCAUGUGAAAUAAAGAAUGCGAUAAUUUCGUUGUUGGCCAAUCCUAGAACAGACGAUGGCGUUAAAGUCUACGUGGUAAAAUAUCUGCAAGUUGUGGUGAUUGUACAGUCGCGACGCGUUCAAGAUUCGAUGGUUAGACAAUAUGAAGAUAUUUCUCUUUCGAUUUGUCCUCCUACGCAUCCUUUUCUGGAUCCACAGUUGCUCGAGCAAGAGGCGAUAGCAAUCCUACAUACAUUACUGACUUUAUUACGUAAAGAAUCUAACGGUAUAAUAACUGCGGUGAUCAAUUGUUUGGGCCCUCUACUAAGAGCAAGACCACAAUACAUUGAGAAUAUAAUUAAUGUCUUUGGUUCAUGGAUGCGCACACCACCUAGCCAUCUUAACGAAAGCCAGAUGGGAAACGUGGAGAAAUCUGUUAGGAUCCUAUUAAUGUCAUUGUUAAAGGCACAACCUUCAUCACCAUCAGCUAUGCAAAUAUUCGAUUCUUUAGUUGCAAUGGGAGGAAAACAAGAACUCGCACAAUUUCCCAAACAAUUCCGGCAAUUGUUGCAACAGCAGAAUGAUGGUCGAACUUCAAUGAAACGAGGGGCCACGUCGGGUAUUCCUGAGUUUUCAAAACGUCCGCGUCUGGAAGGAAAUGAUAUUAGCAAUACAAUAUAUAUAAAUAAUAUCCUUUUUUUCUUUGGUCAAUUUGAUGUGACAAAGUUCCCAUUGCCGUUGGUCGUAGAAAUUAUACUUGGUACCUUACAGGCUGUCUCCCCGGGACGAUUAAAUCAAACUGUUUUGCACGCACAAAAUCAAAAUUCACCAUCAACACCACCUCGUUCUUCAACCCCACCUAUAGUCAAUUUGAAAACAACUGCAUUAAGACGCGAAAGUCGUCUACGAGAUCCGCGUCUAAGAGCUGCUGGUGCGGCUGCAUCGCCAUCACCUUCUCCGCCAUGCGUUACUGUGUCAGCAUCUACUUCGGUUGUUGAGACAACAUCCAUCGAAGCAUCUCAAACUCUUUCAACUACCACCAAUGUACAGAUUGUUGUUCCUCUGGAGCAUCCCAAAAAUGAAGAAAAUAGGUCACCUUUACCUAUAGCAACAGAAAAAAUAGACGAGAAAAUAUUCACAAAAAUAGAAUCUGAACCUGAACCUGAACCACAGCUAAUAAUACCAACUGAAUCAACGACAAAACUAUCAGAAUCAAUAUUGAAAGAUCAAGAGCUUAUAAAACAACCUACACAACAGGCUCCAAUAUUAGAACGGCCAGCACAAACUUUUAAAAUUCAGCCAUUCACGCUUCCACCGCCUGAACCACUAUCCUUCGAAGAAUGUAGAUCCCUUAUGAAAUCACGCGUGAAAAGCAUUUUUAAUGCUGAAAUAAGACUUCCUACUGGUGGCAUGACAACAAAAAUUGAUAGUGCUUCUACUACUGUGUCAAAACCCUUUGAACAAUCUCAAUCUUACAUUAGCUCAGGGAUGACAAAGUCUCAAUGGAUGAUGAUAAUAUCUAGGCUUCUCACGAGAGGUCUAAAUACCGAUUGGGACGUUAUUAACGAACCUGAGUUGCCUAGUAAAACCGAUGAUACCAAAUCUUCUGUGAAAAUAGAGACAGAUGUUCAUAUGGAGGAAGCACAAGGUAAAACUGAAUCUGAAGAUAUAUCGAGUGCUGGUGAUGUUAUGAAAAUAGAAGAGAAAAACGAGGAAAAGGAGGGACAAGUUGAAAGUAAGGAGGAAAAGGAGGAGCAAGUUGAAAGUAAGGAGGAAGCUGAUACUCAUGAUAUAAAAGGAAAAAAUGAUGAGUUGAGGGAAUUGAUGAUGAAAUAUAUUCUUGAAGAUUUUCGAGGCCGGAUGGAAUUGGCAUUAACAUGGUUAUAUGAAGAAUGGUAUCAUGACAAUAUUAUGCUACGAAAUAGCUUGUCUUAUAGUGCAAACUAUGCAAAAUGGCUUCGUCGACUAUUGGAUACCGCCAUGCCAGCACUCGAAGCCAAAGACCAAACGUUCACUACCUUCUUAUUGGAUGUUCCUGAAUUGCCCGAAGAUGUAGUUGAUCGUGUCAAGAUUUAUUGCAAUGAUCCUGAUCGAAUGCAAUUAGGUUUCUCGACAUUAUCUCAAUUGAUUGAGAUGCGACCACCGGUGCGACAAUGCGCCAUGAAUAUUCUGUUGCAAUAUUCUAUUCAUAAAGACCGAAUAACAAGAUCAUCGGCGAUAGUAACCCUAAGAAAAUGGUGGGGUGCUCAUGAUAAUAACCAAGUAGCCACUGAGAUCCAAUCAUUCGCCAUCAAAUCUCUUAAUGAACUGUGCCUCGAGUCACCACCGCUCCCAUAUGACUAUCACUAUCAUUUAGGCACACCUGUAGUAGAACAAGGUUCAUUAGAUGCUGAGGCUAUGAAAAUUGACCAGGCUACACCAACGAACGACAAUAAUGAACUCGCUCGUAAAUGGACUGAGCAAGAAAUCACGAAGCGUCUAGAACUCUAUUUGGCUCUAGUCGCGAAACAGCACGAAUUGUUGAGCGAACUUUUCAACGCAUACAAAAACGCAUCAAUAUUUGUACGAAAAAUUAUGACACAAAACAUGAUUCCGGUGAUAAAAUCUAUUGGAAUGAACUCGCCGAAACUGUUGCAACUUAUACGAAAUUUCCCGGAAGGAUGUGAUACGUUGGCGUUGAAGAUGGUUGUGAGUUUGACUAGUGCAAUGAGACCGUCCCCACAGUUAGUCAGUACGGUCAAAUCUGCUAUGGAACAGCGAAAUCUCGAUUCGAGGUUUUUAAUACCAAUUAUAUCUGCUUUAGAGAAGAAUGAAAUAAUUGUUCAUCUUCCAAAAGUAAUUAAUAUACUCGAUGGAACCGAGACUCAAAAGAGACCCGUAAAAGAAGUUUUCACGGCAGCAACUGGAUCCACCACCACACAAAUACCAUCUGGUCAACCAACAACUGCUCCGUUGAUACCAAGUGAAUUACUGUUGGCCUUGCAUCACAUGGAUGGGCAAGUUAGCCAAGCUAAAUUGGCUGAAGCAAUCAAAGUCUGCUUGUCGAUGACACAUAUCUUUAAAUCCGAAGUACUGGCUGUUGUCUUGCAACAAUUAGUCGAUGAACCAGAGUUACCCAAUUUGAUCAUGUUUACUUUAUAUCAAAGUGUAAACUCGUACAAAAGAUUAAUGGGAUUUGUCACAAACUUAUUAUCGCGAUUAAUCACGAAAAAAGUAUGGGAUAAUCCGGAUCUGUGGAAAGGAUUUAUCAAGUGUUGCAAAGUUACAUUACCAAAUUCUCUUCCCGUUCUUUCACAACUACCCAUGGAAAAAUUGCAAAUGGUCUUACAAAUGGACCCGUCAUUCAAAGAGCCGCUAAAGAAACACGUGCAAAACUCUUGGAAUGAAAAUCAGAGGCGAAAUCGGAUGCCGUAUCUCACUAAUUUGCUUGAAAUUAAUGGAUAA